AAUACGGUGACGCUAUUAUUCGUGUAUUUAUUUAUUUUGCAACACCAACUAGUACAUAUUUUAAGAUAAAGGGGGAAGAAGCUUUUGGACUGUGCCGUAUAAAGAGCCGAGGUUGCAGCAGGGAUGAUCUCCUACCGCCGUUCUCCACCCUCCCCUCUGCGGUCGUGGCCCCCCCGCCCCAAAGGCAGCUGAGCUAUUCCAGCCCUAGCGGCUAACCUGGGGCGGCCGCUUUCUCGCGCGCCGCCUACCCGGCUGGAACGCUGCCUGCCUCGCCCGCCGGCUCGCGCCUGGGCGCGCGCUGCCUCGCCAAGCUCCUGUGAGCUCUGCUGAGAGCGUCGCAGGCGGGGAGGAUCCUGCAGCCCAAAGCAAAAAGGUUCCCCUCCGUGAGAAGGCGUCCCAGCCCUAAUAACAGCGUGAUUGUGCUGUAAGUUCUCCACAGGAGUCGGGGGAGUGGGCUGCAGCAAGCUGCUUGACCUCUUUAUUUUGGGGGCUGCAGGCAGGAGUUCCCCAUCCCACAUGAGCUGAGGGGGGAAAGGACGGACGUUUUUGCGCGGAAGCAGGAGAGGAAACCCACCUUCCUCCCCCGGCAUGGGGCUUUGUGGCAGUGCCCCGGUGAGUCGUGCGGAGUUUGGGGGUAACUUGCAGCUAGCUGCCCUGGAAUAGAGACUCUCCGGACCGGAUCAGCUGGCGUUUGUUGUCUAUGUCUUGUUGGGAGAUCUGGUGGAUUUUUGUCUCACUCCUGGAGGAAGAGUCCAGGGCUGGUGGUUACCUUCUUCUUGGUCUUUUUUGGAGGGCGAAGGAAGGGAAGGGAUCUCGCUUGAGCCGCGCAGAGAGAGAGCUCGGACAUGUGUUGUCAGCACAUCUGGGGAAUACAGUCUGCAAGUCCGCAAGGAGAUUUGCUGGGAUCCUUCAAACUGCGAUAUUGAUCUUUGUUAUUUCUUUUCGCCGAGGGAUGCACUUGGCAUGAGAAUCGGAGGAUGGAAAUUGUUUGGGAGGUGCUUUUUCUUCUGCAAGCCAAUUUCAUCGUCUGCAUUUCAGCUCAACAGAAUUCACCAAAAAUCCAUGAGGGCUGGUGGGCCUAUAAAGAGGUGGUCCAGGGAAGCUUUGUUCCAGUUCCUUCCUUUUGGGGAUUGGUGAACUCAGCCUGGAAUCUUUGCUCUGUUGGAAAAAGGCAAUCGCCUGUCAAUAUAGAAACCAGCCAUAUGAUCUUUGACCCUUUCCUAACUCCACUUCGCAUAAACACAGGAGGCAGAAAGGUCAGUGGGACAAUGUAUAAUACAGGGAGACAUGUUUCUCUACGAUUAGACAAAGAGCAUUUGGUGAACAUCUCUGGAGGGCCCAUGACAUACAGUCACCGCCUGGAAGAGAUCCGGUUACACUUUGGAAGUGAAGAUAGCCAGGGAUCAGAACAUCUACUUAACGGACAAGCUUUUUCUGGGGAGGUUCAACUAAUCCACUAUAACCAUGAGUUGUAUACAAAUGUCACAGAGGCUGCAAAAAGUCCCAAUGGCUUGGUGGUAGUUUCUAUAUUUAUGAAAGUGUCUGAAUCAUCAAAUCCAUUUCUAAAUCGCAUGCUAAACAGAGACACCAUAACAAGAAUAACGUAUAAAAAUGAUGCAUACUUACUGCAGGGACUUAAUAUUGAGGAACUUUAUCCCGAGACCUCUAGUUUCAUUACAUAUGAUGGGUCCAUGACCAUUCCACCCUGCUAUGAAACAGCAAGUUGGAUAAUAAUGAACAAACCUGUCUACAUAACAAGGAUGCAGAUGCAUUCUUUACGACUGCUAAGCCAGAAUCAGCCAUCACAGAUAUUUCUGAGCAUGAGUGACAAUUUCAGACCAGUCCAGCCUCUCAACAAUCGAUGUAUCCGAACUAAUAUCAAUUUUAGUUUACAGGGUAAAGAUUGUCCAAACAACAGAGCACAGAAACUACAGUACAGAGUAAAUGAAUGGCUCCUCAAGUAAUUAAGACAAACAGGAAGAACUCCUCACCUCAGUGGAAUGCUACUACUGUGAAUUGACAUAAUCUAGAAUGCAUCCAGUCUCAUUCACUCUUUGGAUUCAUGACAGUAUGUGCAAACAUGCUGCAAGAAAAAAGCUGCCAAGAUGGAAACGUAACUAAAAAUUCAUUCAUAUGAUUGAUCGUAAUAAAAAAAAGAAAGAGACAAUAACUACAGUAAAUGUGAUUACAAUUUUGAUACAGUUUUCCUGAACUAAUUUAGCUUCACAAAGAAAGACUUUUCAGCCUUUGUACAUAUGAAAUUCUUUCUUUCCUCCCCUUCAAAA